CAAGAAUAUAAAAAGGAGGCCCAGCGCGUCCUCCCCCCAAGCUUCACCUUUCUCCCAUUCUCACCAUCAAAUUACAGUAAACGUUUUUGCCCGUCAUGGCCGCCUCCGCUUAAUCUCUCGAACGUCUCUUCGUUCUCCUCUUCGUGUCGUACAUAACGAACACGCUCUCUCGCGUCUUGCUUUCGUCCCAUAUCCCCUUUCCCUCACCUUCCGGACGCCAAAAUGGCUCCCACUCAGUCUAACCAAAAUGGCCCAUGCCAACUGAAGGAACAACAACCACCACCACUACAACGACAAUAAUCGUUUGCCGUCACUGAAAAUCUGUUUUUUGACUCUUGAAGUCUCUACGUCGUUUGAUAUCGUCACCUUUUUGAACAUCAAUCAUGUCACCUGCCAUGACCGAAGCCACCAUUUUUGAUUUUGACCAGUUGUUGGGUGGUACCCCAAUUGUGCCUGGUCUGUCGACCGCAUCUCCACAGAGCACGGAUUCUCCUGAAUUUGAUGGCCGUGAUCUAUUUGGUGAUCUCCCGAGCUCCUGCUCCCCUACCAAUGACUGGCUGUUAGAUGAUCAGGCCUUGGAUCAGCUGUUGGCCGAGUCUGCAUCUUCUACUCCUCUCGUCGGGUCCCCCGCGUCAACUGGAUUGGAAGAUAUGCCAUUGGCCGACUUAUUCGGCGACGAAAAGCUGUUCAUGGACCUACCUGUGCAGCAGCCAGUCGCUAUAUGCCCAAGUCCGAUUCCAUCUGCACCUGUUAGCCCAGCGUCCACUGUCGAUGUUUCUUCGCCAGAAUUUGCGCUGUCCGGAAUGUUCGAGUCCAACCAAGGUUGGGCUGUUCCGAACAAUGCUGGCAACGACUUGUUUCCCAAGCUUACUCCGACCUGGGAACAAGGCCGUACCGCUGCGGUGAAGCCUCCUGUACCUGCCAAGGGUAUUGAGCCCGUAAAGCCGUUGGCUGCGAAGCCGGUUGUUUCGGCCUCGCCUCAGGCGCCUGCCAUCGCACCUCUCUCGGCCGCGUUGUUGCCGCUCCUCGGAAACAUUGGCCAGGUGGCUGCGACGCUUGCUGUUAACCCAUCAGGUCUUGCGGCAGCGGCAGCUGCUGGUGUCCAAGUGCAGCAAUUGCAGCAACAUUUGCAGGCUCUGGCUGCCAUGCAGUCACGCCAGACACCUACUGUCGUGAAGGCGUCUGUCGAUCUAACGCCUCCAUACACUGUCGGUCGGAAGAGGAAGGAGCGGUCGUCGGACCCUUCGGAGAUUAUUGCUGAAAUGGACAUGAAACGGCAGAAGAAUACAGAAGCAGCCCGUCGUUCUCGUGCGAGGAAACUCGAGCGAAUGGCUGAUCUUGAAAGUCAGGUGAAAGUUCUUGAGCAAGAACGUGACGAUUUAAAGGCGAAGGUUGUUGACCUUGAGAGUACAAAGGACAGAUACGCCGCUCGCGAAGUUGAAUAUCUGGCUCAGAUUAUUCAGUUGCAGCAGCGUUUGAAGGUGUAUGAGGCAUAGUGUGGAGUGGGGAACAUUGUGUAUCAGUUUUUGUUUUAUCGUGACGUGUGGUGGAAAUACAUUCAGUUUUCAAGUA